AUGGUUUGUGAAUCGGAACCUCGUAACACCUGCUCUUCUGCUUGCUGCGACGAGCAACGUAACAAGAUCAAGGCCAGAGAUGGCUGCGUUCCCCAGACCUCUGACCAGAGACACAUUGAGAGCAGUUGUUCUAGUGAGAAACCACAGGAAGAAGACCACAAAGAGCCCAGCUGCUGCAAAGAUAAGCCGUCUCCCUGCUGUGAUGUCUCUUGCCUUGAUCGUAUUGCCCUCCGCGAAUGCCACAAAGAGCGGAUUCUAUCACCUUCUUGUGGAGCAUCUCCAAAGCUGCCGACCACCAGCUGCCAAGCUCCCGACGGCAAGCCAUGCGAGCAACACCGUCGCUCAGCACGUACCAAAUACAUAGCCACGCUUGAAGCUCUGGGCUGUAUUUGCCGUGCUUUGAUAGCACUCGGACAGGAAUCCUGUUGUGCACCGCCAAGACGUUCUGCUCUUGGUAAAGGCCGUCGUUCUACCGACUCUUGUUGCACAGGGGACAUCACGAGUCCCAAGGCACGUCACAGCGCAAGUCUAAAAGGUAGACGAGAGACCUGCUCAAGCGGCUGUUGCGGUCCUAGCAAGGCUCCCACAGUGGCUAAGCAGCGUCCUUCCUCUAGCAAGGGGAGGCCCGUCGACUCUGGUAGCUGUUGCAAUGGAUCUGGGACAACUGGAUCUACUGGUCAGCAUGCCUCUGUUACGAAGGAGGAGUUCAACAACAUCACGAACAAUUCGAAGGGUUGUUGCGGUAAACAAAAUGUCUGCCCGAGACCUACUGCUGAGCAAUGUUCGUCUUCUGAAAAAGGAAAUCCUGGCCGUAGUGGCUGCUCAGCUGGCUGCUGCAGUAAACCCAAACCAGCCUCCGGUGCCUUGUCUGCAGAGAAGCCCAAGAAGCCCGCCUGCUCGUCUGGGCGCUGUGGUAAACCUGAAGGGCCCUCCGAAAUUUUGCCUGGAGCAAAGACCGUUAGGCCUCGGCCUGAUACCUGCUCAACAGGCUGUUGCAGUAAGCCCGUAACAUCUCCAUGCACAAGCACCGCAGAAACGUCCGGCGACUUCAUAGAGGUCAUCUCGGGUACCGCUACAACUGACCUCGAAAAAGGAAUGAAGGGCAAGGAGCAUGUCGCUUUGAGUAUAUCUGGAAUGACCUGUACCGGGUGCGAAACUAAACUUAAGCGAACUUUGGGUACACUGCAGUCAGUCAAUAACCUGAAAAUUAGCUUAGUGCUCUCCCGAGCAGAGUUCGAUCUCGACGUGGGGGUUCAGUCACUCGAUGAAGUGUUGAAGUAUUUGGAAAGGACUACCGAGUUCAAGUAUGAGCGAGUCAGAGAUCGAGGAUCUCGCGUCGACGUUAUCGUCCCCAAUGCCUCUGAGUUCAUGAAGCAAUACUGGCCCCGUGGCGUGACCGAGAUGACUCUCGUUGACGAUAGAACCAUUAGUGUCUCUUUCGAUGAGACGAUAACCGGAGCACGAGAUCUGGUCGAACGUGGCUGGGGGAGUCCUGUCAGCCUGGCUGCUCCUCAGCCUGAUCCGACACUGCAGGCUGGAGCCAAACACGUUCGACAUAUGGGAUAUAUGACUAUUCUGUCCAUUAUACUAACAGUGCCCGUCCUGGUCUUGGCUUGGGCUCCACUUCCAGAGAGAGAAAUUGCCUAUGGCUCUGCUUCACUAGCACUGGCGACAAUUGUCCAAGUAGUCAUCGCGGGUCCGUUCUACCCAAAGGCAUUGAAAGCCUUGAUUUUUUCUAGGAUAAUUGAGAUGGAUCUACUCAUUGUGCUGAGCACGAGCGCCGCCUACAUUUUCUCGGUGGUCUCAUUUGGAUAUGUCAUUGCGGGCCAGCGACUCUCCACUGGUGAAUUCUUCGAAACCAGCACGUUGCUGGUUACUCUGAUCAUGGUUGGUCGGUAUGUCGCUGCACUCGCUCGCCAGAAAGCGGUUGAAUCGAUUUCGCUUCGGUCACUUCAGUCGCCUAUUGCUAUCCUCACGGACGACUCCGGAGCCAAUGAAAGGGAGAUCGAUGUCAGACUCCUUCAAUAUGGAGACAUCUUCAAAGUCGUUCCAGAGACUCAGAUUCCUACCGAUGGUACAGUCAUCGGUGGCUCGUCAGAGGUCGAUGAAUCAAUGAUUACUGGAGAGGCUAUACCGGUAGACAAGACCCUUGGGUCUGUCGUUGUCGCAGGCUCUGUUAAUGGUUCUGGGGUGCUGAUUAUUAGGUUGACGCGUCUCCCCGCUGAUAAUACAAUUUCUAUGAUCGCAAACAUGGUAGAUCAAGCAAAGCUGUCAAAAGCAAAGAUCCAGGAUAUGGCAGACCGAGUAGCGAGCUACUUUGUACCCGUGGUAGUCGCUCUGACUAUCAUCACUUUUGUGAUCUGGAUCGCCGUAAGCAUUGCAGUGCGAAAGCAAUCUGGAUCUCAAGCAACCACCGAGGCCAUAACAUACGCUAUCACAGUCCUAAUUGUCUCUUGUCCUUGCGCGAUCGGCCUGGCAGUACCUAUGGUAAUUGUUAUUGCUAGCGGCGUCGCUGCCGAGCGAGGCGUCAUCUUCAAGGCUGCGGACAGCAUAGAACUCGCCUGCAAAACUUCCCACGUGGUAUUCGACAAGACCGGAACUCUUACACAAGGCAAACUCACCGUUGCUGUUGAACAUAUAGACAACACGAGGAAUUGUAUAUCGCUACUUCUCGGCCUCAUUGGGAGUAACAAGCAUCCCAUCUCCGCCGCCGUUACUGCACAUUUGAAAGCCAAGGACAUAACAGCGUCUACCGUCUUCGACAUUAAGCUACUAACCGGCAAAGGUGUAGAGGGGUCUGCACCAGGUCUCAUCCUCCGCGCAGGAAACUCACGAUGGCUCAACCUAUCGUCUGAUCCACAAGUUGAAUCGAUCCUUGAACGAGGCUAUACAGCAUUCUGCUUCACAAUCAACGACACCCUCGCUGCCGUCUUUGGUUUAGAAGAUUCACUCCGCCCUGACGCCCUUGAAACCAUCACAAAGCUCCAGGAACGCGACAUAUCCGUCCACCUCCUCUCAGGUGACGACGACGGUGCCGUCCGCUCCGUUGCAAGACAACUCGGCAUUGUGGCUGAAAACAUCCGCUCCCGCUGCACCCCAACCGACAAACAAGCCUACAUCCAAACUCUGCUCACGCCCGUCGACCAACCCCCUCACAAGAAGAUCCCAACAACAAUCUUCAUCGGUGACGGCACAAACGACGCCAUUGCCCUCGCCACCUCCACAAUCGGCGUACACAUGAACCAAGAAACCGGCACCGACGUCGCCAAAUCUGCCGCAGAUGUCGUGCUCAUGCGGCCCAGUCUACUCAGUAUCCUGACAAUGAUCAACAUCAGCGAGAAAGCGGUGUGGCGGAUCAAGUUUAAUUUCGGCUGGAGCUUUGUGUACAAUUUAUUUGCCGUCUUGCUUGGUGCGGGGGCCUUUGUGGAUGCCAGGAUUCCGCCGGAGUUUGCCGGCUUGGGAGAGUUGGUUAGUGUCUUGCCUGUCGUUCUUGCGGCUGUGCUCUUAAGAUGGGCGAGGGUUUAG